AAUACAAUUUAUUUAUAUAAAUAUGUAUAUAUAUAUAUACAUAUGUAUCGCGUAAAUUUUGGAAUUUCUUAUAUAAAAGAAUUAUGAAAUUAUAUAAAGUGUAUAUAGCUGCUUGUGAAUACAAUGCAACAUGAAAACCCGUGUCAUAUAUAAACGAUUGAACAUCAAAAUUUGAAACGUGACUUGAAGUAAUAUGUAUGCGUAACAUUUUUAGUUGAAUUUUUUUGUAUUUUACAAUUUUGGGAAUCAGAAUAAAGUGAAUAGGAUCUACAGCACACAUAAAGCAACUAAAAGGUUAUGUCAAAGUGAAUGCCGAAGAACAAUCUACACUUUAUUAUCAAGAAUGUUUAAAAUCAUGAUAGAAUUCGGUUGUGUAUAAUAUUACAUGAAAUUGGUUAAGGCUUAGAAUGGACAUAAAAUGUUUGUAUACCGAAUUCAAAGUGAUAAUACAGUGAAUUCAAAGAUUUUUCGCAUCAGAAACUGUUCGUGUGUGCAGUGUCCGCCAUUUUGCUUCCCUUACAUCUGACAUGUCUUUCUAAUGUUAUUAUCGAUGAAUGCUGAAAUUUGUGCGUGAAUCUUUAAUCUUGUUGGAGUGUAUUUCUCAAGAAAAAGAUCAGAUUGCUCCUGAUUGGACAAUAACCUCCAUUACUAUUACAAGUAAACUACAUUGCCCCAACCUCGGUUAAACUAAACGAAACAUUGGAUACAUAAAGAAAACUUCGGGAACGUAUUCAUUGAAAGUUUACCCUUGUUAAUGGGUACAAAUAUGUGACGAGACUUAUCUGAUGAGUUUUCCUGACUGUAUUAUUCAAACUUGGUUGCAGUAUUUCGCACGGUGUCUUAUUGUCUAUAUAAGGAGUGAACAUAACCAAAGAGUGUUGAUAGCCAGCAUUGUGUACUGAUGUCAACACUAGAGAUAAAAAGCUUAAUAAUAUGGCUUCGACUUGUCAGAGAUUACUAGAACUCCUAAAGUCAAUAUUCGAUGCUUCUGUGUUUUAUACAAUGCAAUUAUUUGAAGAUGUGUAGGAUACAUUCAAUGUGAAUUGCUAUGCGAGGUGGAACAGGAGUCAAGAGAAGCGGUAAUCAAUGAAGGUCCCUAUAUCCGAAAACUCAAACAUGGACAAUAAACUGAAGUUUUCGGAUCGCUUAAAGGCUUUACUGAAAACAGAGGCUCGCCAAGAUGUCGAUCCCUAUAUUUUCAGUGAACCAGAGCCAUUCACUACAACAGCAGGAAGGAAUGUUACAAUAGUUUCACCUAAAAAUCCUAAAGUAAUGCAAAGUUGUAAAACUAUUAAAUCCAAAGGGAAAUGUAUGAAACAAAGAAUAAGGAUAACACCCAUAGCAGAUGGAGAGUACAAAACUGUACAAGAUCGUGCCGUAGAAUUAGACAUUGACAGUAAUGUUGGUGGUGGUGGCAGUGGUAGCGGUGAUGGUGAUCAUAUAGAUUAUAAAUUUGCAAAAGCGAUUCAACAGAAACAGCGUCACAUUCAGAAUCUACGAAGAUUAAAAUCUAGAAGACAAAGUCGGGACCAUACCCUAUUGUAUUAUCCUAGAGCUGGUGAUGAAAUAUCAGAUAGUGAUUCUAGUGGAGACGAGAUAACAGUUUAUCAACGUUAUUGGUUUUCCGGUGAAGCUAGUACAACAUUGAAUCGUUCUGCACGUCUUUCACAAUUACGUUCUCAGCUAAGACGUCGAUUAAUUCAGUUACAUAGAGGUGGGACAGAUUCAGAAACUCUAUUACGUGAUAAAGCUAGGUGUUUACUGGAAGCUGCUUAUAAAGACCCUGCGUCUACUGCAAGAGCUUUAACCGACUCUCCAAGUACAAGCAAAGUGGUAGAUGGACCGCUUUUAGUUGGUGGACUCUGUGGAGCUGAAGGAUGUCAACAAAUAUCUUUGCCCUGCACUCGUUACUGUUCUCGGCACAUUAUGCUAAAUGGAGAUCAACUUUUAUUUGAACACUGCACUGCCAAGUUUAGUGAUAAUACACAGUGUUGUAUUCCUGUGUUUGAUGUUGCACACGAAUUACCCUUAUGUCCAGAGCAUGCAAGAAAAAGAGAUAACUACCAUCGUAAAGCUCAAGAGUCUAAACCAAAGAAAGCUCGUAAGAAACCAGCUUCCCCAACAAUUCCUAGGCCUAAACCAAAAUCUAGGCCAAAGAAACGGAAACGGCCUCCUGUAACUAAGCUCGAUACUAAAGGUUCUAGCUUAGUACAUGAAGAAAACCAGUACUUGAGUCAAAUAAAUUCUAGUGAAAAUCAGACAAAAACUUUGAACAAUUUAAAUUCGAUAACUCAAGGAAGUUCACAUUCUUCUAACUUAAAUCUAGGAUUAGGACUUGGUCUUGGAGGUGGACUUAAAGUAGAUCUGACAGAUCACGAAGUAUUUCCAUCUCUGGAUUCUGCGGAGCAUGACUUUGGCAAUGUGCUCAAUAAUUUACCUGCAGAUGCUUUUAAUGAUUUAUUCAUUGAAAGUAGAAAUGGAGAAUAUGAACCAUCAAGGGAGGAAGAAGAAGAAUUAGAACGGGCACUAGAGGCAGUAGAUAAGGAUGUACGAAAUUUGGAAAGAAUGGGGCAAACGCAUGGACUUUUAGAGCCAGCAUUGUUGGCGCAACUUAUGUCGGAUAUUGCUUCGUAGCGUCGUCUAUUUUAAUAAUAUAAUAAUUUGAAAAUGAGUUCGCGUGUGUUCCUUAUACUUUAGAGAGAAAUACUGUUUGUGUCUGUGCUGCUACAUGUAAGAUUGUGUUAUUGACUUUCAUUAUAUAUUAACUAUAUAAAUUCAAGAUAAUGACAGGGGUUGACAUGCAGCAAGUGAAAAAAAAUAGUAAAAUUAUUAAUUUAGCAUAAACAUCAUUAAAUACAUCAUACCACGACUACAUUAAUAGAUAGCAUAUUUCCUGUUAUGUGCUGAAAAUUCCAUUCUUUUUUCUGAUAAAUAAUUACAGUUUUAUUAUAUUCUUUAUACUAUAUUUGUAAUUCAUGUAAAAAUUGCUUUGAGUCAUUCUUAAAACUUCAGUUACUAUUAGGUAGUUACAAUAAUAUAGCAAUUGAAAUGUUUUUCUUUUAAUUAUGAAAUGUAUGAAAGCUGAAAGAAAAAUAUCAGUCUUGCAAUGUCAUAAUAUAUUUCAAUUUUUCAGGGUACAUAGACUCAUGUUUAUUUAUUAUUUUAUAAUUUGAUUCUGAUAUUAAUUAAGCGUACAAGUUAUUUAAAUUUAUAUUAUUUGUACCGAUGAUAAUUUUUCUUUUCUUUUCCAAACAUCCUGACAUACUUGUAAGAUGUAUUGAUAAAUACUUUCUAAACAUUGAAGUAAAAAUUGAUGAAUGUACAUCUAUUGUACAUGAACAUUGGAUUUAUAGUUUCUUUACAAUCAAUAAUUAUUCUAAAAGCAACUGUGAAUUUAAGGUGUCCUUAACAGUUUUAUUAAACUAUGAAAAUUCUGCAAUUUAUAUAAAAGUUGUGAUGAGUUUUAAGUAAGAUUCAAACUUUUAUUUAGAGUCUGAUCCAAGAAUUGAGUACAAGUACUACAUUCGAUGCAUGUUCUAAUAAGAAUGUAACUUAAUUUUUGUUUAAACAAAUGAUAAAGUUGUUUUAACAAGUUAUUUUUCAUUGAGAAGCUUUACAGAUAGAAUACAGUUGCACGGGCACAUGACUGAACUUAAGAAACUACAUCUACAUAUAAAUAGUCAUUCAUCUUUCAUCAUCUAUCUGCUGUAACAAUGUAUGCAAAUAAUCGCGAAUAAUCUUACUGAUAUAUGCAUAAUCAUCAUCAUUUUCUUCAUUUUGUAUUAUAAUCAUAUAGAUAAAUGUUCAGUGAUAGGUAGCUGUAACAUACAAUUAAAAACUUAAAUUAAUAAGAAGUGCCGAAAUAGUUUCAUUUUUUGAUAUUUUUAGUAACUAUAACAUGUUUAAAAUUCUUGCAGCCUAUGAGAAAAGAUGACACGCUGUGCAUUAUUUUAUUAUAUGAAAUUAUAGUAAGAAAUAAGUUCUAAGGAAAAAUUGAGGCACAGAUUCUGAGAGUAAAACUAGAUUGCUCUUGUUGAUCGUAUGGACGGCCGGAUUAUCUACUGCCAUUUGACAUUUAAAAUAUCGCAAUAUAGUUAUAGUAUUGAUACUAGUGUUGUCUGUGUAAAUGUAAUGCUGCAAAAUGUACACAAUAUUCUUGAAACUAUCAUAAUUUUAAUACAUAUCGUAAUGAAGAUCAAAUAAAAGAUGCAAUGAAUCACUUUGUAGAUUAUAAAUAAGUAUGGAUACAAAAUAAAACGACAUAAAAUGCAUUUCACAUGUAACACCAAGAUUGUACAGAUUUGUAUGAGAUCUAGUUUUUAUUAUCAAAGUCUCUGUGCCAAAUACGAUUAAUGAGGUAUGUCAUUUUUGUACCUCAUACAUGCGUGUCACUUAUUCGUUGAUAAUAGGUCGCAAUGAAGUAUACCUUGAAUAAUAAAUGUUUUAGCUAAAUGUAAACCGUCGCAAAUGAACAGUAAAUUUGCCACUUGUAAAUGGAAAACAAAAACAAUAUAAUUUACAAUUUAACCCAUAUUGGGAUUAAAUUAAUGUCAUAUAUAUAUUGUUAUUAUAUAUAAUGGUAGUAAGUAGGUACAGCAAUUAUUUAUAAAAAAAAACAAUGCAGAAUUUAAUCGUGAAAAAAAUGCAUUGCUUCAAAUGUACCUAUAUGUGUAUCUCCUUGUAAAAUAUCAGCAUUAGUACUCAUUAUUAGGCAUUACCAAUUAUAAUAAGCAUAUUUUUUACAUUGUCUUAUUGUACUCAGUUUAUCCACUCCAAUCACGUGUCCCUCAAAGCAUUGUCUUUUUGAAUGUGUGUGUCUAUAUUUAAUAAUAUUUUUAAUUAAAACAUUCUUAUUGAUACUUUAGCCAAUAUAUAUGUUAUUUAAUAAAUGUUGUGAGUAAUAUAAAAUAAUUUAUCAUAAUCUACUUUGUUUGAAAUAUUGAAGUAAUUUAUUUGAAUACUUGUAUCUUCAUUUUAUUAGACAUUACAACAUUACUUUAAAACUAUAAAUUUAAUAUAAAUGUUAACAUCUUUUGAAAAACCAAAUGUAGACACAUGUAUUCAAUUAUUUGGUUGUUAUCAAUCCAUAUUCAUAUUAAAAAAUUUCACGGAUAAUAAAACACAUUUGAAAUGGCGUUCCAUGGUUUAUGUUGUAUUCAUUUUUUUACUAUACUUUCAAAGAUACAGUGAAUGAAUAAGAAUGCAAAAGUAUAUUGGUUAAUAUUUACAAUACUUAAUUAUACAAUUGCUGACACAAGUGUUUUUGGGAGCAACAGGUAUAGUCUUUUCAUAUAUCAUACAUCCUUAAUGAAUACUACUUGUCAACAGCUCAAAUACAUAUUUAAUGUAUAUGGUUUAUAUCAGUUUAGUCAGAUUUUGAAAAACUUAUGGAUUGAUAGUAUACAAUAUCAUUAAUAUUUAGAUAUAUGUAACAAAUUAUAUUUUUCUCUGAUUAUUUAUAUCUGUCUGUAUACUGAACACAAGUAGUAUUGACUAAUAAAUAGUCAGACAUCCCUAAUAAGUAAUGCAACUUACUUUUGGUAAGUAGUGUACAAUAAUGGAUAAAGUAUAAUUUGUUUUAAUCGAUUCAUCAUAAACUUUUGACAAUUGAGCAUUUUUGAUUUUAAAGAACAAGAAUUUUUAUUUAAAAAUGAGUAAAUUUUAAAAAAUUACACACCUUUUAGUGUAACAAUUUAUGUUGUUAUUAUAGAGUAUGUAUCAGUAUUUAUAACAUGAUGACGUUUAAUUUCUCUAAUAUACCAUUUUUUUCUUGCUUCUUUGCGAUUAUUUUCAUAACCAUUUGGCGAAAUAUCACCUAGCAUAAUUGGAAAAUUGCAAGUUACUUUAAAAUCAGUUUGAAAUGAUGGAAGUUUCUGAGUUGUUAUAAUUUUCUCCUGUAAUUUUAAAAAACGCGAAUAGAACAUCAAUACUUUAUAAUAUAAAUUUAUAUGAAAAAGGGUAUAUAUUGGAAAAACUUACUAAAUCUGAUGCAUCUCUUAUACUUUUUCUUACUUCAUAUGUUCCUUUUUCUAAUAUUUGUACUUCAGAGCCUUUUUCUUCUUCAAGUGGUAUUAACAUCAAGUCAUAAUUAUCUCUAUUAUCUCCUAAAAUUCCUAUAUUAAUGCCCAAUUCAUGUAAUUCAUCUUCUUUACUCAACAAAGCAUUUUGCAAAUAAAGAAUUCGUUCAUCAUUGACAUCAUUUCCCAUACCUGUUUAGCAUAGUUUAUUUGAAAUAAUCUAGUUGAAAAAAACAAAAAUAUUAUUUGAAAAUUAACAUACCUAAAGACAAGAGACGAUAAUCACAGUUUGAGUAUAUUAGUUCUUCUAUAACAGGAGAAUUUCUUAAUAAUCUUCGUUUCUCUUGAAUUUUAUUUCCUUGUAGUAUCAAAGUAUCAUCUUCUAACAUAUCUGGGACAACAUGACUGGGAGUUCGUCUCUUAGCUAUGUUGUAUGCUUCGCUUCUAAAUAAUCUAUGUAACUCUAUUUCUAAAAUAAAUAUUACCUUAUUAAAGUACUUCAUUAAAGUUUCUUUUCUGGUAGAGUAGCUUACCAAUUAAACUAAAGUAUUUACGUUGUAAAGCUAUCCAAAUUAUACGAUGUGUUAUACCAAUCAAUACCUCAAACAUUCUUAAGUCUUUUUCUCCUUGGGAUUGAGUUACUGAUGUCAUUCCCUUUUUUCCACCAGUCAUAUGGUGAUAUUGCAUGCUAUCUUGACAACCUACUAUUAAAUCGGCAUAUUCUCUACCUAAGAUACAACGAAGAUUUUGCAUGUCAUGUGCAUAUUUGGAUCUAUAGCCUUGAGCUAAAGGAUUUGGAGCUUUUUUCAUAGUAGCUGCACGUUCUUCCAUUAAU